CAGUCGCUGGAGCCUUCAAUAGUCUUGAGUUGGCUCUGCCGGAGUCUCAUUGUAUCGCAUUUUAUUACAUUAUACUCGUCCUAAAUCACACAAGCUUCCAGUGUAUAAUAUUUGGCAUGGGGACUUAAACGAGAAGGACCUCUUUCGGCACGAUAUAGUCCACCUUUGUUGCAACCAUGGGAGUCUUACACCGCCUCUUCACUUUCAAGGGGGACAACGGACAAUGUGCUCGAAGUAGGCCGGAACGACCGCGCGAAAAAAUUCGGGAGGGCUUGCGGCAGCGAAGAACGAGUGGAAAGUCGCAUCCCCUCUUGAUUCAGCUCCCGAAGAAUCUUGCCAACAAAUCUGACAGCAUGGCCGAAGUUCCGCUGAUUUCUGAUGUGGAAGUUAUGGCUACAAAUGAUCAAGACAAUAUGGUGAUGCUCGAGGUCGGACCGCACAGAGACACUUGGCGUUACUGUGUAGAACGGCAACGACUCGCUGAACGAUCAGAGUGGUUCCGGGCAAUGCUUGUCGGCCCUUUAGCACCACCGCCAAGUACUCCACCUCCAACAGUGCGCCUGGAACACGUUGAAAAGCGAGCUUUCGAUCACCUUCUCAGGCACCUCCACGAUGAGCCAGUGAACUUCCAAUCGGUGACGACAGCUCGUGCUACCCUUGAUGUUGCCCACCAGUACCUCUGCCCUCAGUUAGCUCGACUGGCGGUUAAAUAUCUGGAAGCUAAUCUCACCUCUUCCAACGUCCUCGAGGUUAUCCAGGGUUUGAGCCUCUAUGCCGGAAGCAUGGCCUCGGCCAUAAGCAAACCUGAAACUCCCUCGGCACCUCCAGCGCCCGGCGACGAGGCUGGAGAAAUCGCCAUGGCCUGCAGUUCUCUCCUUAGUGCUUGCAUGACGUUGAUAGACUCGGACCCAUUGACAAUUUUUCGUCAGGAGCGUUUUGAAGAAUUAUCACGAGACGAAGUUGCGGACAUAGCAGGACGUGACAGCUUGGAAUUGAAACAGGAAGGGAUGCUCUUCACUGCUUUAGACCGAUGGGCAGCCUCGGAAUGCCGAAGACGCGGCAUCGAACCGACACCGUGCGGCAAAAGAUCCAUGCUAAAUGACGAGAUCUGGUUCAGCGUUAGAUACACACUAAUGACUGACAAGGAAUUCAUUGAGGGUCCGAUGGCCAGCGGAAUAUUGACCAGCAAGGAAUCUGCCUUUAUUGUGUCGAAGAUAUUGGGCCACCACCAUGAUCGAUUACAGCAACAACAGCAAGAUGCCACCACAGGCCCGUUGUCGAGGCUAUGCAAUGUUCCAAGAGGGUCAUCGACCUCUUCACACCGCAAAUUACAAAAGCAGAAAUAUGGCAAGAGAGAGCGGGAAGAGAACAGAAAGAACCGCAAGAAAGAAUGCGCAAGUCAGGGGCAGCGGGCAUGCGCGAGCUUAGGCAAUUGUCUCGUCCGAGUACUCGCCUGUGUCUUUGACUGAACCAGCUUCACCUCUACCAGGAGGAG